GAGUCCCGCGCUGCUGUGUUGUGUUGUGUUGGUUGCUAUGGGCGUGGCCAAGGCUCAAUCUCCCUGCUGGCGUCACUGGAGAGUUCCGCAUUCCACCGCGCAGCGAUACAUAAACGCGCUGAUGCAACGAGAACAAACCACAAACACACAAACGAGCUGAACGGACGAGCAACCGUCGACUCCCAGAGCAAAACAACAGCAAUGAUGCCUGGUCAAAUCCCUGAUCCGAUGGUCACGGCCGGGUCUCUUCCCAGUGUCGGUCCCCUGGCCGGCAUUCCCUCCACCACCCUGACGGACCAGCUGAAGCUGGCAGAGCUCUACAGCUUCGGUGCCGUUCUGUCUCCUCUCAUCCUCAACAGACACGCCAAGAGACCGUUCGACGACAGCCAGAGUGAGGAGGGAGGUGACAACGAUGAUCGCAAGAAAAGAAGGCGAGAGAAAAAUAAAGUUGCAGCCGCUCGCUGUCGGAACCGAAAGAAGGAAAGGACCGACUUUCUCCAGAAAGAGUCGGAGCGUCUGGAGAUGCUGAACUCGGGCCUGAAGUCUCAGAUCGAGGAGCUGAAGUCAGAGAGGCAGCAGCUCAUCGUGAUGCUCAACCUCCAUCGGCCCACGUGCAUCGUCCGCACCGACAGCGUGAAAAGCCCCGAGAGCGACGAGCGGCGAGCCGAGCUGUCCGACUGAACGCAGACACUCUACAAACGUCUUUUAAAAAGAUCCAAGUGUCAAUUUCACCAUGAAGAAGAAGAAGAAGAAAAAGGGAACCGAUUUGUAUGGAUAUUAAACAAACAUCCCAGGAAGCUCACAGACUAUUGUAAAUCACAUUUACACGUUCUCAGCGCUGCGUCAGUUCUGUUUGAGGAACACGUGUUCUGCCAGUUGAUCUGACCUGAAGCGUGACGUUCUCCCAGAAGCCUCCAGAUGGCGCUGUCGGAUAAACCCCACUGUUCUCUGACGCCGGCGUCUCCAUGGAUGGACUGUUUACUUUACAUUUGUUUGCGUUGUAUAUAUUAUACUCCUUGUUUAUUAUAUGCUAUUUUUAUAUUGUUCCAUCACAUCAUGUGGUGAAUUACAUGUGUUUUAUGAUCGGUGUCUGUUGAACGGCCACUUUUUGUUACUAAAUAAUGUUUCUGUUACAUAGAGCACAUUGAAAUAAAACCUAUUUUUCAAAUACAA